AGUACACUUAGGAACUUAGAUAGAAGGAACAGUUGUGCGGUAAGUACAUGAUAGUAUGCUAAGUAAAGAGUAGGUAAGUAGCCGAAUUAGAAAAAGAUUAGAUGGGGAGCAGCGACGCAGCGGCCACCGACGCCGCCAGCUAUGAACUGCAAAUAUGUCUGGGUCUAGGAGAUUGCGAGACUUGUCAUGCUAGUCUGGCAUGACUCUGAGCUUUGUAUUGCGCGGCCGCAAAGAGCUCCUGCUCUUGCCUGUAAUGCAGAAACGCAGGUUCAUCUCAUGCGGAGUACGCAACUCAGAACCACGGAAAUAAAACUUGUCAUGUUUAGCAGCGCAUCAGAGUGUGCUCACUAUUUCCUUUCUUGCAUCACAAAUCUCCAGACCAAGACCACGUAUUUGCAUUUGAUACCAGCGUGGUGACCACAACGACAGCUGCUAGCAGUCAUUAUGACAGUGCACAACCCCCCCUCCCCCUCAUUUGUAUAGCAUGAACGGCAAUACAAGCAUGCAUCAGCAAGAGUGCCUGUUUUGCAUGACAAAUUUCAACUGCAUUGUAGUGCUAUUUGGGCUAUCAGAACUUCUCAUGCAAGCAGUGCCAAAAGAAAAAAGGUGGACUGGGUAUUUUGCAUGACAAAUGAGGGGGAGGGGGAAUUGUGCACUGUCAUAGUCAUCAUGCCGAGGAUACAACACUUCUCGCGGACAAAACUUCUACCAGCGACUAUCCCGUGUAAAAUAAACGUCCCUACCCCAGAGUUGUCAUGCAGAUCUGCAAGCACAAGAGCAUUUGUAAUGCGCAUUCGCAUGAUAGCUAGGCAUUUCCGAUCAUGUUUUGGAACUUGCAAUGCUGUAAACAGGAUAAAAGGCAGAUGGAUUUGUAAAAAUGCGACUUCCCUCUGCUAAACUGCGCUACAAUACAGCCUGCAACUUGAUGUCAUGCGUGCCUCCCAAAUCCUUGCGGCUUUUGUUGCAAGAUCCCCAUCUUGACUCUGGGGUGAUGUGGGCCCCGUUUUUCCUUCGGAUAGCGACGCGGCCAUGAUUACGACCAGUAAACUAUUGUGAGGAAAAAUCCACCCUCCCCAUAUUGAAAGGGUAUGUUUUCGAAAAUUUGUGUUGCUGAUUUGAGGUCACAAGUCAGAUUUGUCUUGCAAGAAGACAAGGGCAGAAGCUUCCUCCCUAUUAUGGAAGCGGCUUUUCAUGCUGUUGAGCCUAAAGGGGAGCCGUUUGCCAUGCUGAACAACUAGACCCAUGCGCCCCUACCUAGCCAGGGGAUCUGGCCGCAAUGUCUCUCUGCAAUACAUAGCUGAUUUGUGUACACAGAUCCAGCAUCAGAAAUUCCGUUUUGAUGUGGGGAGGGGGAGUUUUUCCUUUCAAUAUAAACCGGUGCUGGUCGGUGCCGGCGGAGGCGAUGCUGUCCCACCUGCUGCUAGCUCUCCUCAUAUCAACUGUAAAAAUAUGUCUGGGUCUGGAAGAUUCUGACACUUGUCAUUGCAUGAGCCAUGACGUCUGUGAUGCAUACCCUAGGAAUACAGAUUUUUUGAGGGCUUCUUGAUGCGUAUUCCGCAUGACAAAUGUCUUCUCAGCGUAGCAAAAAUUGCACUUCCGUUGGUACUCGCGCAAUACAGAUUUUUUUGGAAUCCAAAUGCAGCAUCACAGGCUGCAUUCUUCCAGACCCAGACAUUUUUACAUUUGAUACCUCAGCAAGAGCUGCAAAAAAUGAAAGCGACAACGACCCCCGCAGGGACGAGUACUAGUAGCUCAACAUCUGUUGGUAUCACAGGAAAAAAGUGUUACAGUUACACAUUUGUUGGAGUUUCUGCAUCACAAAGUUGCUCGAAAUGGCACAGAAAACCUGUGAUGCGCAGACUUUAAGGGAAAUAAACACGUACGAAAUAAAUUUCAAAAAGUUAGCAAGCAUUUCCGGCAUGACAGAGGUUGUCUGUCUUGCUUGUCUUCCAUGAGAGUGUGUAACUGUACCACUUUUUUCUCAGGAUAGUUGGAGUGGUCAUUUUCGGCGCGCUGGGGAUGUUGGGGAUCUUAUCCUGAGUAAAAACGUCCCCACCUCCCCAGAGUUGUCAUGCAAAUCUGUAUGGUAAAAAUGCUUCUCAUGCGGAGCCCCAUCAUGAGAGGCAUUUUUUAGUCGUGUUUCGCAAUUUGUCAUGCUCCAAUCCGCAUGUUGUGCUGGAUCUGUGAUGCUGCUGCACUAGCUAAACAGGAUCACACUAUGAGGCCAAAUUUGUCACGCAAAACUCGAAGAAAACUUGGGGAUUUGUCUUGCAGACUACUUCCCAUCUUGACUAUGGAGGUGUGGGGAUUGUUUUACAUGUGAUAGAUGUACGUUGCCCGAGUCUUGGAGAAAAUGAACGUGAGCUGCAAGAGUAUUACAAUGAAAAAUGCCCCCUCCCCAUAUCAAAACGGGAAUCUGUGAUGCAGAUUUGGGGUCACAAAUCAGCUUUGUGAUGCUAGAAGGCAAAAGAUGCGGACUGUAGUGCUGUCUAGCGUGGGAAAGCCUUGCAGCUCCAGGAUGACAGGAGGCAACUGGAAGUGGGAAACAGCAUGACAGAUUGCCUGCAAUUUAGGCCGCAGCUUCGUCUCUUGGCCUUCUAGCAAUACAAGUCGAUUUGUGUACUCAAAUACAGCAUCACAAAUUCGCGCAUCUUCCGUUUCCGAUAUGGGGUGGGGGCUUUUUUCACUUUGAUAAAGAGCAAGGAGAAGGUCGUGGAACAAUAUCCAAGGAAAAAACUGUGUUAGUGUAACUUUCUUUGGCUGACAGCAUCACAAAUUUGCUCUACAUGACAGAGAAAACCUGUCAUGCGUGCCUUAUAUUAUAAGGGAAAACACACAUGAAAAGCGAACUUCAUGGUUGUGUGGCAUGACAGGUGUAACUCUGUUGCAUGUUCUGCAUCACAGAGUUACACUUACACAGUUUUUUUCUUGCAUAAACAAAUGUCUACUGAGACAACUACUCACGAGGCUGUCGAGGCCCCCGUCGAAACCACCACCUACUUGGCUGGGCGCGGAAAAUUUGACAUCCUGUCUGCCGACUGGGCGGCGCUGGAGCGGUAUCUCCGCGAAAUCGUCGACCGACACGCGAAAGUGCUUGUCGUCAAUUGCGCCGGCGUGACGCCGAAGGAUUUUUUGGCUGACAGUGCGCAGGCCGUGCUGGUAAACAGUUGCUUUCCCUUGAAACUCGCGGAGAUAGUGAACGCGAAACUCGACGGACGGGCGCAACUGGUCCACAUUUCCACCGACAUCGCCUCGGUCACGUCGUCUGGCGAGGCGCUCCGCGUGUGCCAGGACGCUUUAUCAAAUGCAAAUAUGUCUGGGUCUGGAACCUGUAUCGCGUGUUUCGCAUUCCUAAAAAAUCUGUAUUUUUGUAGAAGCAGCAAAUAAAGCACCACACUUUCGCACAUGCAAAAACGCAGUUUGUAAUGCUUCCUGCGCAUGAAAGAGCGUUGGAAAAAUUUGUCAUGCGGCUCUGCACUCCAAGGCACAGUCACUCUUCAUGGCCAUUCAGCAUUACAACUUUCCAGACCCAGACUUUUUUGCAAUUCAUGCGCUUCGACCCCGAACCAUUUUUACCGGCUCACGAAAAUCCUCGGGGAACCCGUAUCACGAGAAAAAAGUGUUACAGUUACACACUCGGAUGGAAGACAAGCAAGACAGACAACCUCUGUCAUGCAGGAAAUGCUUGCCAGCCUCAUUUCAUUCGUGUUUUCCCAUAUAGUCUGCGCAUCACAGGUUUUCUCCGUCACACAGAGAAAAUUUGUGAUGCUGAAAUUCCAACAAAUGUGUAAUUGUAACACUUUUUUCCUGUGAUAACCCGGGGGCGCGCAGCACUCCGCGGCCAUGAUUGUCCGAACCUCGUUCGUACCAAAUGCAAACAUGUCUGGGUCUGGAAAAAUGCAACUUGUGAUGCUGAAUUUGGAUUGGAUUCCAAAAAAAUCUGUAUUGCAUGAGCAGCAAAGGGAACGCAAUGCUUGCUACGCGAGUAGGGCAUUUGUCAUGCGGAAUAGGCAUCAAGAAGCCCUCAAAAAGUCUGUGAUGCUAGGGCGUGCAUCACAGACGUCAUGGCUCAUGCAAAAUGUGCAUGACAAGUCUCAGAAUGUUCCAGACCCAGACACUUUAUUUGCAUUUGAUAGUUCGUGGGAGAGGAAGCCUUCAACCGGAAGUAUCGCGAGGAAAAAUUCCCCCUCCCCAUAUCGAAACAAGAAAAUUUGUGAUGCUGGUUUGUGACCACAUAAACUCAGCUUUGUCUUGCGUACAAGGCAAACGGCACCCAUAUGUACAGCGAGCCUGUCAUGGGUUUUCCCCUAUCCUAUUUAGAAACGUCCCCACCCCAUAGUUGUAAUGCAAAUCUGCAUGCCGAAAAUGUUUCUCAUGCGGAGCCCCAUGAGAAGCAUUUUCCAAUCGUGUUUUGCAAUUUGUCAUGCUCCAAUCGGCAUGGUAUGCUAGAUCUGUGAUGCUGCUGAGCUAGCUCAAACAGCACUACACUACGAAUCCAAAUUUGUCAUGCAAAACAGCCAAAGCUUGUGGAUUUGUCUAGCCGAUUCCCCAACUUGACUAUGGUGUGGGGACGUUUUUACUCAGGAUAUCCCCUAUGUCAGACUUAUUUCUCCUGCUCAGCCGCUAGCCGGAUGAGUUGUAGUACCCAAAUGGGCUUAGAAUAUGCCGACAAGCUGCUCCUGCCGCAAUACAAAGCUCAUUUGUGUACACAAAGAAUCUUCCAGCAACACAAAUUGUCUUUGGAGUAUGGAGUGGGGGCUUUUUUCAAUUUGAUAGGCAGCACCUCCUGGAGUGGCUGAAGCGGUCGAGUGGCACGGAGAUCCAGGGUAUGAAUUGCAAAAGUGCUGUCUGGGUCUGGAAGAAUGCGCGAUUUGUCGUGCAGCUUUUCCGUGACCCAUGAGGUCUGGAAUGCAGGACCUAGCAUGACAGAUUCUGUGCGAUCUCUCUCAUGCAUAUCCUGCAUGAGAAACUUCCUCCCGACUUGGUCAAAACUGGACGACUUUCGGUAAUCAUGCAACACAGAUUUUUGCAUGCUUCAGACUUAGCAUGACAAGUUCCAUGAUUCUUUCCAGAGGACCCAGACAUUUUUGCAAUCCAUACAGGGCUACCGGGAUCAGUUCUGGAGCGGUACAACCUGUUUGAACGUGGUAUUCCCAGGAAAAAUGCCCCCAACCCCGAAUCGUUGGGAGCUGCAUUUGUAUUGCAAACCUUUCCAAAUGAAACAUUCUCCCUCUACUUGCAUCUAUCAGCAUCACAGGUUACUUAUUUCCCAUCGAGAAUAGAAAAAAUUUGUAUUGCAAAAGACCCUAGAGAGAGCGGCGCUUCUCAUGCAAGCGAUGCGAGGAUACACGCCGAGACUCUGCAUCAGAAAGAUUCAUACUCCUUUCAUGCAUGACAAAAAGUUUUCAUUUGGAAACCUCGCAUCUUCACAAAUUUUUGCAAUUUCAGGGGUGGGGGCAUUUUUCACUGUAAUACGUGGCCCGUUUUGUUCGCGACCUGGCCGUCGGCACGGAACCCUUCCGCCCCGGGGUCUUGCGGCUCGAGUAUCCAAUGUAAGAAUGUCUGGGUCUGGCAGAUUGCGAGGUUUGUCAUGCACAUUUUGCAUGACUCCUGAUGUCUGUGAUGCAUGCCCUAGCAUCACAGAUUUUGUGAGGGCUUCCUGAUGCCUAUACCGCAUGACAAAUGCUCUUUCCGUGUAGCGAAACCUGGACUCUCAUCUUUGCUGCUCAUGCAAUACAGAUUUUUUUAGAAUCCAAAAUCAGCAUGACAAGUUGGAUUCUUCCAGGAGACCCAGACAUUUUUACAGUUGAAAUCGGGGGCCAGCACACACUGUCCAAGUUCGAAGUCUGCAAGGCCAUCAACGAGGCUUUCCAUUAUCCUCAGUAAAAACGUACCCACACCAGAGUCAAGCUGGGGAUCUCGCAACACAAAUCGAGGAGUUUUGGGGGUCCAGCAUGACAAGUUCGUCUCUGUAUUGUAGUGCAGUUUAGCAAGCACAGCCGCAACACAAAUCCAUCUACUCAUCCUGUCGACAGCAUUACAAAGCGCAAAACGCGAUUGGAAAUGCCUCUCAUGUGGAUGCGCAUUACAAAUCUUCCUGUAGCUGCAAAUCUGCAUGACAACACUGGGGUGGGUACAUUUUUGCUCAGGAUAUCCAUCUCGGGAUAGACAUUACGGAGGCCAACGCGCCGUUGCACCAACUCUCCCACCAAACAGAAAAGGAGAUGGGGGAAACGAAACCAGGCGUCGAAGUGAAACGCAUCGGUAUUACAGUGACAAAUGCCCCCACCCCCAAAGUUGCAAUAAUUUGUGAUGCGAAGUUCCCAAAUAAAAACUUUUUGUGAUGCAUGAAAGGAGUAUGAAUCCUUCUGAUGCAGAGUCUAGGCUUAUAUAGUAGCAUCGCUUGCAUGACAAGCCCCGCUCUUGCUGGGAUCUUUUGCAAUACAAAUGCUUGUCAACAUCACGGUUGCAAAUCUGUGAUGCUGAUAGAUGCAAGAGGGCGAGCGUUUCAUUUGGAAAGGUUUGCAAUGCAAAUGCGUCGAAGUUCCGGGGUGGGGGCAUUUUUCAUUGUAAUAAUCGGCACGGAUUCCUUCUUGAAAGAUGUGACGGAGAUGCGAGAGUUUGUAUCAAAUGUAAAAAUGUCUGGGUCCGGAAGAUUCAUGCUGUUUUUGCAUGACACAGAAGGUCUGGCAUGGAAGCUCUAGCAUCACAGGUUUCGAGAAGCUUCCGCAAUGCCGAACCCGCAUGAGAAAUCCCCCAUUUUGGUGACAGAAAGUGGGCAGCUUUUGCUACCUAUGCAUGAGAGAUUUUUCUGUGUUCGAAAAUGCGCAUCACAAGUUCGGAUCCUUCCAGACCCAGACAUUUUUGCAUUUGAUAGUUUGGCGUCUUCGACAAGGGUAUGGAUUGCGAAAAUGUCUGGGUCUGGAAGAUUGCAACUUGUCGUGCUGUUUUUGGAUUCCAAAAAAAUCUGUAUUGCGUGACCAGCAACAGGACUCCAGUUUGUGUUACGCGGAGAGGGCAUUUCUCAUGCGGAACAGGCAUCAGCAAGCCCUCUAACUACAAGCUGUGAUGCUAGAUCAUGCAUUACAUGCGUCGUGGAUCAUACGAAAGACGCAUCACAAAUUCCGGAAUCUUCCAGACCCAGACAUUUUUACAUUUGAUAAAGGGCGACUUUACCGUGCGCGACCAGUGCCGUUUUUGCCCGCCGGAAACCAAGCAAACGGUCCGGGAUAUCCUGAGUAAAAACGGGGCCCACACGACACCAGAGUCAAGAUGGGAAUAAUUCUGCUAGACAAAUCACCCAGCUUUGGUUGUUUGGCGUGACAAGUUUGAUGUCCUCGUAGUGUAAAAAUCCUGUUAUUUUAGGUAGGUCAGCAGCAUCACAGAUCUAGCAUAGCGUGCUGAUUCUACCAUCACAAAUUCCACAACACGAAUAGCGAAUGCUUCUCAUGGGGCUCCGCAUGGGAAACUUUUUUGGCAUGGAGAUUUGCAUGACAACUCUGGGCGGGUGGCGACGUUUUUACACAGGAUACGGGAAGUGUUCCACUUAGCGGACGUCGGCCUGGCCGGCGGUAUCAAAUGUAAAAGUGUCUGGGUCUGGAAACUUGUGAUGCUAGAAUGUGGAUGAUGGAAACACUUCCGAAUGCAGCCCAGCAUGACAACUUUCCAGAAUGCUUUCUCAUAGGAGGUCCGCAUUAGAAACUGCGUUUUUGCAUGACAAUAGUGGCUGCGUCCUUUGUUGCUUAUGCAAUACAGAUGUUCCAGUAAUUUAAAGCUAGCAUUACAGGUUCCGACUUUCCAGACCCAGACAUUUUUGCAUUUGAUAGGCGGGUUUCUCAGCCGGCGGGAAGACGUUUUGUACGAAAAGCUGUACCCCCUUAGCCUGUGCAAAAGAAGUAUCGUAUUCGUAUUGCAGUCAUGCAUUACAAAUCUUUUUUCCGAGGUAAAUCCGCAUUCCAAAUUUUAUUUCUCAUGCUGCGGAAAUAAUUUGUAAUGCAUCUAUACAAGUAUCGGAUGCUUUUGCAGUUCAUACCCCUGUAUCAAAUGUAAAAAUGUCUGGGUCUGGAAGAAUUGGAACUUGUGAUGCUGACUUUGGUCUCUAAAAAAAUCUGUAUUGCAUGACCAGCGACAGGAGUCUAGUUUGUGCUACGCCGGGAGGGCGUUUGUCAUGCGGAAUAGGCAUCAGGAAGCCAUCUCAAAAUCUGGGAUGCUAGGUCAUGCAUUACAGACAUCCUGGGUCAUGCAAAACAUGCAUGACAAGUCUCAGCAUCUUCCAGACCCAGACAUUUUUACAAUCCAUACCCCGACCGUGCUGUUUUGCGAGCAGUCCAACACGGCUUGGAUCCGCGAAGUGGUUCCGCAUAUCCUAUGUAAAAACGUCCCCACCCCAUAGUCAAGACGGAACCACGUCUCUAUAUGUGGCCACAUUAUAGUUAUUUCCGUACUUCACCUACGUCAUUCUCUCCUUUUUAACUUCAACAAAGUUAUAAACUUCUCUGUGCUUUAAAUCUGGUCUUUUCCAGUACAUAAAACACCCCAUAGUCAAGAUGGGGAAUCGGCUAGACAAAUCCACAAGGUUUGGCUGUUUUGCAUGACAACUUUGGCACCGUAGUGUAGUUCUGUUUGAGGUAGUGAAGCAGCAUGACAGAUCUCGCAUAUCAUGCUGAUUGGAGCAUGACAAACUCCAAAACACUACUUAGAAUAUGCUUCUCAUGGGGCUGCGCAUGAGAAACAUUUUCAGCAUGCAGACUUGCAUGACAACUCUGGGGUCGUGGGGACGUUUUUAAAUACGAUACCGCAGGAGAAUCUGUUCGUCAGCAUCAACGGGGGCGCCGGGUACUUCUACUACUCGUCUACCAUUCCCAGCCUGGUCACCCACUUCCGGGUAUCAACUGCAAUUAUCGCUCUGACACGUCUGGACGGAUGCAAGGUCGUUUGUCAUGCACAUCUUGCAUGACUUCUGACAUCUGUGAUGUAUGCCCUAGCAUCACAGAUUUUGCGAGGGCUUCCUGAUCCUGAUGCCUAUAUUACCGCAUGAGAAACAAAUGCCCUCUCGAAUAUACCGUGGCAAAAACGGGACCUCUUUUGCUAUUCCUGCGCGACAGAUUUUUGUAGUAUGCAAAUGCAGCAUCACAAGUUACAUCCUUCCAGACCAAGAGGGCGACAUAUUUGCAAUGCAUACCGGGGCCUCGCGGACGAAAUCCAAGCUCGGUUUCCCAACGAGAAAAAACUCCUGGUAUGAACUGCAAAUAUGUCUGGGUCUGGAAGAAUGCAAGUUUGUCAUGCUUGUCUGGCAUGACUAUUAAAUCUGUCAUGCACGCUAUCCAAGAGCCCCAUUUUUCUGUCAUGCAGAAACGCAGGUUGUCAUGCACAAUAGGCAACACCUAGCAACUCAGAAACUUGUCAUGCUGAGCCGUUAUUUGUGGCAUCCUCAUGAUUCGCCACUCAGCAUCACAAGUUUCCAGACUCAGACAUAUUUGCAUUUGAUACCUGGAAAUCGGGUGCAACGACGGGGUACUGCUCACCCCGCUGCGAGACGUAUCAAAUGCAAAUACGUCUGGAUAACUGGAAGGAUGUGAAAUUGUGAUGCGCAUUUCACAACACACACAACACAUAGGCAGCAAAAGAUGCCCACUUCCUGUCACCAAAGGGGGGCAUUUGUCAUGCAGAUUAGGCAUUGCGAAACCUUCUCGAGCCCUGUGAUGCUAGGGCUUCCAUGCCAGACCUUCUGCGUCAUGCAAAAACAGCACGAUAUCUUCCAGACCAGCCAUAUUUGCAUUUGAUAAGACGUGUACGGGUACCACUGCAUCGGUGUCGAUCCUUCCGCCGCCAUUCGUGCCGUGCCGCCUGCACCCCCGCUCGAGACCGGCGGCGACUGCUCUGGGUCGACAAACGGCUCCAUCGUGGCCAUCGAAGACUUCUUCUGCACACGGGUGUGCAGCGAAAUUUUGCAGAAGUACGGACCCCUGGACGUGGUCGUCGGUUGUAACUGCCUCGCCCACAUCGACGACAUGCAGGAAAUUUUCGAAAACAUUCACCGCAUCCUGAAACCCGGAGGCAAGCUCGUGUUCGAAGUGCACUACGUAGGUCACAUCGUCGACGGCAUGUAUCCUGAGUAAAAACGUACCCACCCCAGAGUUGUCAUGCAGAUUUGCCAUGACAGCGACAGGAACAUUUGUGAUGCGCAACCCCAUGACAGGCAUUCUCAAUCGUGUUUGGGAACUUGUAAUGCUGUAAACAGGAUCAGAAGGUCGAUUUGUGAUGCGGCUUUCCUUGCUAACUUGCACUACCUUACGGACUGAAACUUGUCAUGCGUGACUCCUAAAGCUCCUAGGUUUGUGUUGCAAAAUCCCCAUCCUGACUCUGGUGUGGGUACGGUUUUACUCAGGAUAGCAUGAACUUCGAUUUUAUUUACCACGAGCACAUGAGCUACUACAGCUUCGGCACGGUGUAUCGCACGAAAAAAGUGUUACAGUUGCACAUUUGUUGGAGUUUCCGCAUCACAAAUUUUCUCUGUGUGGCAGAGAAAACUUGUAAUGCGAAGAUCAUAAGGAGAAACAGGAAGGAAACGAGGCUCCCAAGCAUUUCCUGCAUGAGAAAGGUUGGCUCUAUUGCCGGUCUUGCAUAGACUAUGUGUGUAACUGUAACGCUUUUUUCUUCCCAUACGGUGAAGUCCAUUUGCCAUCGGUACGGUUUUUGGCCGCUGGACAUCCAGCAGAUCGCCAAUCACGGUGGCUCCCUGCGUAUCAACUGCAAAUGUGUCUGGGUCUGGAAACUUGUGAUGCUGGGUGGCGUAUUAUGAUGAGGCCACAAGUGCCGGCUCAGCAUGACAAAUUUCUGAGCUUCGAGGUUUUCUUGCCUAUUCUGAACGACAAACUGCAUUUCUGCAUGACAGAAAAGCGGAACUCUAGGGUAACGUGUAUGACAGAUUCAAGAGUGAUGCCAGACAAGCAUGACAAACAUGCAUUCUUCCAGACCUAGAGAGAGUUUUUGCACUUGAUACUGCGCGUCUUCCUGCAGAAGGAGGAAGUAUGAGAUGCAAGAUGAGCAUCGUCUUAGUUGUAGAGAUUGCAUUACAACCAUGCUCAGCAUUAGAAAUGGAAUUUGUAAUGCGGAUUUAUCUUGAUAAAAAGAGUUGUCAUGCAUUUCAUAUUUACAAUUAGUGCGAGUGCGAUGCUUUUGCAAUUCAUAGGAAGUGGCGCAGGCGGAUUUGCUCGUCUGGCAGGAAAAAAUGAACAAGGCCUUCCAUUUAUCCUGAGCAAAAACCUCCCCACCCAGUAGUCAAGUUGGUAAAUCUGCUACACAAAUCGCCAAGCUUUGGGAGUGUGCAUGACAAGUUUGUCCUCGUAGUGUGAAGAUCCUGUUUAGCUAGUGCAGCAGCAUCCCAAAUCUAGCCUAUCACGCUGGUUCUAGCAUCACAAAUUCCAGAGAACGACUAGAAAACGCUUCUCAUAGGGCUCCGCGUGGGAAACUCUUGUGGCAUCAUGCAGAUUUGCAUUACAACUCUGGGAUGGGGACGUUUUUGCUGAGGAUAGAAUGACAGCUUCGCCGCCGACCUGUUGCGGGAGGAGGGCCUGGUAUCGCAAGAAAAAACUGUUUCACUGUGAACUUGUGAUGCAGAAAAUGGAUCGCAGAAGUGUGUGUCAUGCUACACAUGCACGACAAUGGAUUUCUAGCUGUGUUUUCCCUUAGGACCCCCGCAUGACAGAUUUUCAGUGUCAUGCGUAACAGACUUGUGAUGCAGAUUUUGCAAAAUCACCACAGUGAAACAGUUUUUUCGUGGGAUACCUGGGCUCCGAGUUGUAUUGUGAGGAAUGAUCCCCCCUCCCCAUAUCGAAACGGAAGUUUGUGUUGCUGGAUUUGUGUACACAAAUCGGCUCUGUCUUGCAGUGAGACACUGCAGGCAAAGCCUAAGCGUGUGUAGGUGUGUUUUGAUGUAGGUGCUUAGCAUAGCAGAGGCCUGCCAUGUAGCCGCAUCAGCAUUACAAAUCGCCUGCUUAGGCCGGCGGAUUCUUUGGAUUUGCCCUCUUGCAAAAGAGACAGGAUUUGUGGUUACAAAUCAGCAUCACAAAUUUUUAGGAACAUACCUGUUCAAUAUGGGGAGGGACGAUUUUUCCUUACGAUAAGUUGCAGGGCCUGUUCACACGCGUGUGCGAGUGGCGGGACCAGUGCCGCAAGUGGUUCGCGGAGGUGCGGGACCAGCGGGGCAUCCUGGUCGGUUACGGGGCCAGCGGAAGGGCAAACACCAUCAUGGCCAUUUUAGGCGAAGGCUUCCAUGUGCUCCUGGACGACUCGAAAGCCAAGUGGGGUAUCAAAUGCAAAUGUGUACUCUGGGUCUGGAAGGAUGCAAGGUUUGUCAUGCACAUUUUGCAUGACUCCUGAUGUCGGUGAUGCAUGUGUCCCUAGUAGCAUCACAGAUUUUAUGAGGGCUUCCUGAUGCCUAUACCGCAUCAGAGAUGUUGCCCUCUCGCCAUGACAAGAAAAGGGCCUCUCUCGUAUUGCCGUUCAUGAUGCAACCAAUACAGAUUUAUUGUAGAAUCCAAAUUCAGCAUCACAAGUUGCAUUCUUCCGUGGGGCCCAGACAUAUUUACGAUUCAUAUGGGGCAGUUUUGUGCCAUUCUUCCACACGCGCAUCGACCCCUCCGACGUUCUCUACGAGAAGGACCCGGGUACUGGGCUACUGUACCAACUGCAAAUAUGUCUGGGUCUCGAAGAUUGCCAGACUUGUCAUGCAUAUUUGGCAUGGCCCAUGAUUGUCUGUGAUGUAUGCGGUAGCAUUACAGAUUUUUACCACCCUACUUCCUGAUGCCUAUUCUGCAUGAGAGAUCAUGCCCUCUCCGUAUGUAGACCAAACUGGACUCUCUCCUCUUGCUGGUCAUGCAAUACAAAUUUUUUUCGAAUCCGAAGACAGCAUCACAAGUUACAACAACUUUUGCAUUCCAUUUCCAGACCCAGACCACACUUUUGCAUUUGAUAUACUGAAGUACAAAACAAUUUUCAUCCUGGCGUGGCCAUACGCGGGCGCGAUCGCUCGGCGACACAAAGAGUACCUGCGACUGGGCGGUCGAUUCGUCAAGAUUCUUCCAGAAAUCAAGGCCAUAGACCCCACCGAGAUUCUCGGGUAG